CUAUUUCAUAAAGAAGGAGAGGUUGGAAAAGAGAAAAACCUUCAUUUUGCAAUUUGUAUAAUAGUUACCUGCAAAUUUUUACGCACUUUUGUGGCGCAUAUUUUCAUAAGCUUGUGUAAUUUGGAAGCAGUUUAAGAUUUGAACAGGAAAAGAAGACAGAAAAAAUGCCAAAACGUGGCGGACGUGCAAAUACGAACGGGCCCAGUGGUUCUCGGUUCGUAGCAUUGAAUGAUUUAGUUGACCGGGAUGAGCGUGACCGCGACCGUGAGCGCGAUAACACUCGCAAGGAGCGCAACACACGACGUGUUAGCUUCAAACCAUCGCUUCUCCAAUCAUCCGGUGGUAUUAGAAGACGAAUGGCAGAAAUAGCCAUACGCUCACAUUUGGAGGAUGAUGAUGACAUGAAUGAUAUGCCGGGUACUUCAAAGCCUGACCAUGCUCGGCGAAAAGGUUCACCCAUACCAAGGAAAAGAUUCGGAAAUUUUAUGCAUUUAUCGAAAUCAGCAUUUGGCUGGUACCAGAUUACGAUAAACAAUGGUCAGCGCUACCCGAAGGAGGUACUCGUCAAUGUGCUGCAACAAGCCAUCUUACCCGAGCACCUCGUACCGCUUUACUGGCGUUCUGAAAAGAGUUUUAUUUCAUUUUAUGUCGAUAAUCACAGGAUCGCGGAGCGAUUGGAUGGCCUCGAACGCGCAGUUCAGAUGCCAGACGGCUUUCGGCCGUAUGUGUCGGUGCGUGCCGCCUGUCCGCCGACGCCGAUCAAUGAUCAACUAAAGGCACGCAUGGAAGUAGUCAUGGCAAAGCGGUAUAAUGCCCAGACCAAGGCCCUGGACAUGUCCAGUUUCCAUACAGAUCCUGAUUUCAGAGGCAUGUUUUGCGGCAUCUUCCGCUCGCCGGUCAUGGCUGUUGCCAUUGGUAUAAUGGAAAAGAAUAUACCAGAUUUGGUUGCGUUAAAUUUGAAUAACAACAACAUUUCGUCCAUGGAAGCAUUUAAGAACGCGCACGUACGGCUCCGCAAUUUGCGUAUCCUGUACUUGGCCGACAAUAGGAUUCCCACCGCAACACAUUUAAUUGCGCUACGCCAUGUACCAUUCGUAGAACUGGUAUUGAAAAAUAAUGGACUCUGCAGUCGCUACAAAGAUCAUGCACAAUACGUCAGGGAGAUCCAGCGUAAAUUCCCAAAAUUGAGGAAAUUAGACGGGCAAGACUUGACGCCGAUGAUCCAGUUUGAUGUGGGAGAAGAGGCUGCUGUCAUGCCGGUUGCCAAAGCUUCUUUUCUAUGUGACCCGAAUGGCACAGAAAUUAUACGACAAUUCCUGGAGCAGUACUUCCUGAUAUUCGAUUCGGACAAUCGCCAGCCAUUACUUGAUGCUUACCAUGACCAAGCGAUGCUCUCGCUACUGGUGCCGCCAGCCAGUCAAGUCGGCCGGCUUGAAAAAUAUUGGCGGUACAAUCGCAGUUUACUGCGCCAAAACACCGAUGAUAACACCAGGUUGCGUUUACUUCGAUUCGGCCGCCUCGCUGUCGUGUCGAUGCUCGCCGAGUUGCCGAAAACCAAGCAUUACCCACGCUCUUUCACCGUCGACUUGACUUUGUUCACGCCGAAAAUGAUUGUUUUCACUGUGGCCGGUUUGUUCAAGGACAUUGAUGGGGAUUCUGAAGACUUGCGUUAUUUCCAACGACAGUACAUAAUUGUGCCUGCUGGCAGCGGGUUUUGCAUUCGAAACGAGAUGGUGCUGAUCACAGUAGCCACACAAUCCCAAGUACGAUUCUUCAAGAAAUCAAUCGAGCCUACUGCCACUGCACAAGUAAAUAAUGAAGCAGCCAUACAAAGUUCGGGGCUGUCUAGUAGCCUACAAAGCAGAUUGCAAAUCAAUCAGCCUAGCACUUCAGCUGUCGCUGCUGCCACACUACAAUCGACACAGGUAGGCGUUGAUGAGACAACGAAAAUUCAGAUGGUACAAACGCUGAGCGCACAAAGCAACAUGAACAUUGAGUGGAGCAAAAAAUGUCUGGAGGAGACCAAUUGGGAUUACAAUCAUGCUGCUUUUGUGUUUGAUAAACUCCACAAAGAAAAUAAAAUACCACCUGAGGCCUUUGUUAAAUAGGCGACAGGUUAGCAAUUAAUGCUGUGUUUUAGUUAAAUGUCUACGCCCAUGGCUUUCUCGUGAAUGUUUAAUAAGUUUAGUUAAUAUCUUAACCCGAGUGAAGGAAAUAUUGUUUGAUGAAUGUAUUGAAGCAAUUCCUAAUUAUGAUUUUGUAGCAAUAAAAUUAAAUGUUUUUAUAGAAAUAAUAAGAUAAAAAUAAUAUAGCUAAACCGAUAAUGCUUCGCUUGAAAUUUUUCUUACAUAGUCUUGUAGGAAUUAAUGUAAAUAGUUUUAAUUUAUAUGUUUAUAUUCAAUGAAAUCCUUGAGACAGGCUCCAAAAUAUAUCAAUGAAAUAUACGCAUCUAAAGGAUUCAAA